AUGUUUGCAAUAUAUUAUAAUCUUACUAAAUGGAAACCGUAUAUUGGAAAUAAACAUGUUAUAGUACGAACAGAUAAUACUGGAACUAUGACAAGUGGAAAAAUACCGCGAAAUACAACUAUUGAAAGAUGGCUUAUAGAAUUACAAGACAUGAAUUAUACUUUGGAACGAAUACCUGGAAAAGACAAUAAUAUAGCAGACUGGUUAUCAAGACAUUUAGGACAAACAAAAGAUUCUGAAGAAGUACUACUGAAACUGAAGAUACAACCAAAACAAGAAUUACGAAAAGAUUAUAAAGAAAAACAAGAAUAA